AGGUUCCCUUUGGCUGUUCGGAUGAUGGUGAGUAUGUGGCGGCUGAACAGCGGCGAUAUGCUUGUCAGCGAGGUUUGUAGAAUGGAAUCAUGUAAUGCGGGUGAGCUAAGGUACCACUUGGGGAGGAUGGGUGAUGAGUCUUGGUCGGAGGAUGGGUAAGCGGCGAAAGGGUUUGCAAAGGUUCUCCGGUGGUAUCUAGGAAGGUUUCAGAUCCGACGGAUCUGUGUGGUUUAAUGAGACAGUUCUCAGAUUUUGAGGAGAAACAAUAUUUAGAGGUGAGAGCCUCAUCUUUUACUAGCUUAGGCGCUUGGAGGAAGAACCGAGGAAGAGAAAGAAGAUGACUCGCCGAAAGACACCAACUAGUUCCAUCGGAAGCCUCGGCCGCGACAAAACGGGGAUGCAAAAUGUUUAGAGUGAAUGAAGAAACUAUGAGCCAAAGAAGUGAGAACGUUGUGAAAAAGCUUUGAGAUGGCUGGAUCUCCCGACGCCGGCGAGACAUGCCGUCGCCGGCGUCGGAAAACAUUGCUGAAAAGACUGCCUCGAUAAUGGUGCCCGAGAGAGUGGAAUAUAUGGUAUUUCCCAAUAACGUAUCUUGUCCCCGAGAGGUUAGUAAGUGUAUUGUUAAGGCUACUAUAUUAGCCAUCGAUAGCGAUAUGGGUUGGUAUUAUUGGAGCUGUAAGGAUUGCUCCAAGAAGGUUGUCCCAGUCCUUCUUGAUGGCCUCGACGAGGAUGAGGCUGUUGACAUCUUACCAAUGGCUUUCCAUUGUACCCGAUGCAGACUCGACAAUCCCAUACUUGUGCUAAGGUAGAAAAUGUUUAUUUUUUAGGUUUAAGAAAUUCGAAAUAAUUAUUGUUUGACUAUAGGUUUAAGUUACACAUUCAUGUUACUGAUCACACUGGGAACACCAAUUUCCUCCUUUU